CUAGUGAGAACUAUACAUGUACCAUGUAAAAGGAUCAGUAAAAAUGACAUUGUAGAAUUCUUGAAAGGGAUUAUUUCUGAGCAGACUGGAGUCGCAAUCAACAGCAUUUCAGUCACAGGCAACCUGACAUCCUAUGGAAUAGACUCAAUCGGUGUUGUUAAAGCAACUCAAAAACUCUCAGAUUUCCUUGGCACACCAGUUGCAGCUAUUGAUGUUUUCACUGCAUCAUGCAUUCAAGAAUUGGCUAGCUUCUCUGAGGAUCUUCUGUCAAAGACUCGGCCUCAGCUAGUGAGAACUAUACAUGUACCAUGUAAAAGGAUCAGUAAAAAUGACAUUGUAGAAUUCUUGAAAGGGAUUAUUUCUGAGCAGACUGGAGUCGCAAUCAACAGCAUUUCAGUCACAGGCAACCUGACAUCCUAUGGAAUAGACUCAAUCGGUGUUGUUAAAGCAACUCAAAAACUCUCAGAUUUCCUUGGCACACCAGUUGCAGCUAUUGAUGUUUUCACUGCAUCAUGCAUUCAAGAAUUGGCUAGCUUCUCUGAGGAUCUUCUGUCAAAGACUCGGCCUCAGCUAGUGAGAACUAUACAUGUACCAUGUAAAAGGAUCAGUAAAAAUGACAUUGUAGAAUUCUUGAAAGGGAUUAUUUCUGAGCAGACUGGAGUCGCAAUCAACAGCAUUUCAGUCACAGGCAACCUGACAUCCUAUGGAAUAGACUCAAUCGGUGUUGUUAAAGCAACUCAAAAACUCUCAGAUUUCCUUGGCACACCAGUUGCAGCUAUUGAUGUUUUCACUGCAUCAUGCAUUCAAGAAUUGGCUAGCUUCUCUGAGGAUCUUCUGUCAAAGACUCGGCCUCAGCUAGUGAGAACUAUACAUGUACCAUGUAAAAGGAUCAGUAAAAAUGACAUUGUAGAAUUCUUGAAAGGGAUUAUUUCUGAGCAGACUGGAGUCGCAAUCAACAGCAUUUCAGUCACAGGCAACCUGACAUCCUAUGGAAUAGACUCAAUCGGUGUUGUUAAAGCAACUCAAAAACUCUCAGAUUUCCUUGGAACACCAGUUGCAGCUAUUGAUGUUUUCACUGCAUCCUGCAUUACAGAAUUGGCUAACUUCUCUGAAGAUCUUCUAUCAAAGACUCAGCCUCAGCUUUCAAGCAAUGAAUCCAAUGUUCCAGAAGCUGAUAUUGAUUGUACUGAAUUGGUUGUGGAGGUAUCCAAGUCUCGCCAAUGGAGUAUCCGCUUACUUCAAUUCUUUGCACUUAUUUACAUCUCUAUCAUGCUGGCCUCUCCUGCCUAUCUAUCCAUCACUGCUUUUUUAAAUUCCAACCUAUGUGCCAGUAAAUCAGUUGCUGGAGUUCCUUGGUUAAAUUACAUGAUUUCCCUGAUUUUUGCACCUCUUGCUUGGAUUCAUUGCAUUGCUUCUACUUGCAUUUGCAUUUCAUUGUUUGGAAGUUCUUUAUUGGGGUUAAACUAUGAACUUACCUCUGAAAUCUCCAUCUACUCAGUGGAUUUUGUCAAGUGGUGGGCACUAUACAAGAGCCAAGAAAUUUCCUCUAAAGUUUUGGCCGUACACCUCAGAGGAACGGUAUUUCUCAAAUACUGGUUCGAGAUGUUGGGUGCGAAAAUUGGAUCCUCAGUUCUCAUUGAUACAGUUGACAUCACAGACCCUGCUCUGGUGUCAAUUGGAGACGAAGCUGUCAUUGCGGAAGGUGUUUUGGUUCAAAGCCAUGAGGUAAAGAAUGGAAUUCUAAGUCUCCGUCCCAUUAGGAUCGGAAAAUGUUCUUCUAUUGGACCUUAUGCUGUUGUUCAAAAAGGAAGCGUUAUUGGAGAGAGUGCUGAAGUACAAGCCUUGCAAAAGGUUGGCGGAGGCGAGCAUGUUCUAAAGCCGAAUAAACUUAAUAAUAUUGAUAAGAAUAAAGAUCUUCCGGUUAUUAGCAGCAAAACUCAACAUGAUACCAUCUACCACUUUAUAGGGAUCUAUCUUGUUGGCUUUCUCAGCUCCCUCGCCGCAGCCAUUGCAUACUUCUUAUAUAUCAAAAUCUCCAAGCAACCUCCAUCACUCCAACACUUUUCAUUUGUUUGCAUAUGUGGGGCCUUUCACUGGAUCCCGUUUAUCAUCAUUGCAUAUGCUACCAUGUUUUCUGAUGUCUCAUCCAACCCCAUCACCUUUGCCAUUUCAUUUACCAGCGCCUACUUGCUUCACAGUCUCAUACUCAUCACUCUCACCGCAGUUUUUACUCGCCUCCUCAAUCAAAACCAAACCAAAUUCAAAACAUGGCUUCGAUAUCAAAUGAAUAUUUCCUGCCACCUUAGAUGUGCAAAGUUUCUCUCAGGAACUGAAGCCUUCUGUGUAUAUUUACGCCUUUUGGGAGCAAAAAUCGGAAAACAUUGCUCCAUUAGAGCCAUCAACCCGGUUUCAAACCCAGAGUUAAUGUCGAUUGGCGCCGGCGUCCAUAUCGGAGAUUUUAGCAAAAUAAUUACAGGGUUUCAUUCUUCCAAUGGUUAUGUCUGGGGAAAAAUUGAGGUUCAUGAUAAUUCAGUUAUCGGAAGUCAAAGCCUAAUCCUCCCUAAUUCUCUUAUCCAAAAGAAUGUGAUUCUUGGUGCACUUUCAUUAGCACCAAUGAAUUCUAUACUCCAAGAGGGUGGUUUAUAUAUUGGAUCACAAACACAAUCCCAUGUAGGUAAUUUAUCUGCAACAUUAAACAAAGAAGAUUCACAAAAAUUGACAUUGACUAGAACAUGGUACCAAACCUUCACAUCACUCUUCACUCAGCCAUUUCUACAAACAGCUUCACCUCAUAUCUUAUUGGGUCUAUCAAUUUAUGCUCCUUUGAACUUAAUUUUUCACCUUUCCAAGAAAGUUCCAAUCUUUUGGCUACUUCCUUUGUUUUGGAUUCUCUCAGGCACUAUGGCAGCAUUAACAUGUGUUAUAGCCAAAUGGGUUCUUGUUGGAAAAAAGAAACCAGGCGAAAAACUUCCAAUAUGGAGUAAAAGAAUCAUCAUGGAUAGUACAUGGCAAGCUAUUAGAACUUUAAUUGGAGAUUAUUUUAUGGAAAUGACAAGUGGGUCAUUUAUGUUUGUGAUGUGGAUGAAGAUGAUGGGUGGUGAUGUGGAUGAAGAUGUUUAUGUUGAUAGUAUGGGGGCAUUAUUGAACCCUGAGAUGGUGAAGAUUGAGAGAGGAGGUUGUGUUGAGAAAGAUGCAUUGUUAUUUGGACAUAUAUAUGAAGGUGAUGAAGGAGGGAUGGUGAAGUUUGGAGAGAUUAAGAUUGGUGAAGAUGGGUUUGUUGGGAGUAGAGCUAUGGUUAUGCCUGGUGUGGUAUUGGAGAAUGACGCUAAUCUUGCUGCUUUCUCACUUGCAAUGAAACAAGAAAUUAUUAGGUCUACAUAAAAAUAUGCUCGAACUCGAUUAUAUAGAACAAACAUGGAAGGAGGAAGACACAUUGCAACAAGCAUAGAGGUUGCAAGGUUUAAGAAUGAAAGUGUUUCUGGUGGCACAGUAGAAGACUCAGCAAGAAAAGUUCCAACAGGACCUGACCCUCUUCAUCACAACAAUAACCCUUUAGACCCUUGAGUUUAUUGUUAACGCACAUUUUGAAUGAUGCUUCAAUAUCAUAUCAUUUACUCAGUACUCAAGUUUUUGUAAUUUAUAUAUAUAUAUAUGAUGAUACCUUCUACAAUAUAAAUCUUGUUUUUGUAUGAAAAUCACAUUUAUUUGGGGUA